AUGGCCUCCUUGACGAAUGCUUCUCGCUCCCUGAACUACCCCCAAAACGCGCCCUUUCCAGGACGAGAGCCGCAGUCCCCCCAUGGCCUUCCAGCACCGCCUUACUCGGGAGACGUACCGGCCUUCCCGACUUCCAUCCCGAAUGGCGGAUCUCACUCGCUGGCUUCUCAGCAGCUUAGACAUCCGUCGAUGCGUCCUCAAUCCACCAUGUCCCCCUCGUCAACGCAGCCGCCUACAAGCGGCAUCUCGGCGCCCUUGAUGAGCGACUACCGCUCUCCCACGACCCCGGGCUUCCCGUCGUUUGAGCCCUCGCCUUCAGCGCCCCUCCAGUCGCCCUACUCCUUCGGCACCCACCCUUCAUCCAUGCAGCCCUCGCCGACGAGCUCUGGACCCGCGUCGCGCUCCGGCCUCGCGGCGCCCCUGCACCACAUGCAGGCCGGCGGCGGCAUGCCGACGCCCGUGCAGUACGGCGGCGGCAGCCUGCCCAGGCCGGGCUACUCGUACCAGAGCCAGAUGCCCGUCAUGUCCAACAUCGGCAACCCGGGCGGCCACAUGUCGCUGCUCAACGGCUCCAUGGCGGGCGGCGCUGGCGGCGGCGGCGCCCCGAGGGGCUACCCGUUCGCGCCGCCCGGCCACCACGGCUACCACGUGGCGCACCACCAGGGCCCGCAGAGCCACCACCAGGAGCGCCCCUUCAAGUGCGACAUCUGCGCGCAGGCCUUCAACCGGAACCACGACCUCAAGCGCCACAAGCGCAUCCACCUGGCGGUCAAGCCCUUCCCGUGCAACAACUGCGACAAGAGCUUCAGCAGGAAGGAUGCUUUGAAGAGGCAUCGCCUUGUCAAGGGCUGCAGAGAACCCGGCAAUGAGAACAGCGGCGACGAAGCUGGAUCCUCCGGCCUUCGGUCUGGGAGCGCGAAUGAUGGAAGCGUCUCGCCGCAGCCCGGAUCCGAAUCAACGAACUGA